AUGGCGAGUCCGGUCCCUAGAGACGUCCUCAAUCCUAUCGUAAUCGAGGACGAUAGCGAUACCCAGCAGCAGGAGGCCGUGCCGAGACCCUUCCAUGCCCCGGCCUACACGCAAGAUGAUGAUGGGCUCUCGGCUGGUGAUACAAUCCCUAACACACCGUGUGAUUCCUCGCAGAGGAUUUGCCAGAGCCCUGGCUCGGCUUGCAAAUACGUUGAUGAUGGGUCUUCGUGCGCAGUCCGCCAUGCUAUUGGCAGCCCAGAGAUUCCGGAGACAGCGUCGAUGGAUGGCGCCCAGAGCGACCGCGACCCCUCGGGUCUAGGUUCUAUGUUUCUGGUGCCACUUGGGGCCGAAAUCCUCGCAGAUCCCGUGGUUCAGUGUGUAGCCCACAAGCAACUACCUGACGGGGAUAUGGUUUUUCUUUGUGUAAAGCUGCAGUGGUACUCACAGUCAGAGUGGGAACAGUAG